AUGAAGUUCGGGGAACAUCUUGCUUCUCACCUGACACCGGAAUGGAGGAAGCAGUAUAUACAAUACGGCGCGAUGAAGGUGAUGGUGUACGAGAUACUGGAGAAUUUGCCAAGCUCUGACCUGGGUGUCCAGUUUCGAGAGCGGUACAUCGCGAGGAAAGACGAGAAGUUUUUCAAGUUCUGUGCCCAGGAAUUAGAAAAGAUUAAUUUGUUCUUCAAUCGCAAACUGGCCGAAGCUCACGAGAAGUGCCGUGAAUUGAUGUACGAGCUCGAGCAAGCGUUGACCGUCGGUGGCAUUGCCGAGGAGCGCGCCAAGAUUCCGCAGUCGUUGAAGAAGAAGCUGUUGAUGCUUACAAAGGAACGUCUGGCGCCGAAGCCUGCCGAGGACCAGGUCAUCCGGCAGAGGACCAUAUCUGAGCUGAAGAAUGCGUUCAGCGAGUUCUAUCUAAGCCUGGUGCUGUUGCAAAACUAUCAACAGCUGAACGCCACCGGUUUCCGUAAAAUUCUGAAGAAACAUGACAAAGUGUUGCAGACCACUAAGGGCAGCGAAUGGCGGAUGAACAACGUCGAGAGCGCAUUGUUUUUCCUGAACAAGGAUAUCGACAAGCUGAUCGAACUGACCGAAAAUGCGUUUACCACCCGCUUGGAGAAGGGCGACCGGCAGGCGGCGAUGAAGCGACUAAGAGUGGCGCCGUUCAGCGAGACGCAGCAACCACUUACAACAUUUCUGCUUGGCUUCUAUCUCGGUUGUUUCGUUGUGCUGUUGUGCCUUAUGUUUUUGAGCAUCGCACUGUUUGUGAUACCCGGGGAACCUCGCUGGGUGGCCGUACGUCUGUUUCGCGGCUUUUUCAUUCUUUUCGUAAACAUCUUCCUGAUGGGUGUAAAUAUGUACGGCUGGCAACGCAACGGCGUCAACCAUGUGCUCAUAUUCGAAAUUGACCCUCGCCGUCAUCUCACCUAUCAGAAGCUGCUCGAGAUCAGCACUAUGUUCCUGAUGGUGUGGGCACUGUGCAUCUUAGGCUACCUGUACGCUGUAAAGAUCGGCACUUCACCGCUCAUCUUUCCGUUAAUCCUGAUGUCGUUUUUUAUCGCAUGGACUUUCAAUCCGUUCAACGUUUUCGCACGUAGCUCCCGUUAUUGGCUGCUUCGACAUUUAUACAAUUGCUUCACCAGCCCUUUCCAUCAAGUGACAUUCCCUGACUUCUGGCUUGCUGACCAGAUGAACAGCUUGGUUACGUUGUUUCUGGACUUUGAAUAUUUUUGCUGUUUUUACUGCAGCGAAGUGGACUACUCUCAUGGAAUGCAAAUUAUCCUGAUGCGAAACGUCAACUUUACAGUCGGGAACGUUACGAUUUCAAAAGAGUCGUCAUGGGGAGUUCAUCCCUCUAACUAUAGACUGGACAGGUGUAGUAGUAACGACUACGGGAUCAGACCGGUGAUAUCACUUUUACCUGCAUUGAUCCGUUUUCUUCAAUGUCUAAGGAGGUAUAGCGAUUCCAGAUCUGCAUUUCCUCAUCUAGUCAAUGCCGGCAAGUACAGCAUUACGUUCUUCGUGGUGAUUUUCGGAGCGCUUAAUACUCUCCACAAGCAAAAGUAUCAUUUGUCAAAUGCGCACAUGUACGGACCGUUUUUCUACCUAUGGAUCAUUGCGAACGUCGUUAGCUUUUGCUACACGUACACGUGGGAUAUCACCAUGGAUUGGGGUCUACUUGAUCGAAACUGUGGUAAAAACAACCUUGGUGACGCGUGGUUGACAGAAGCCGAUGUGCUGCUUUCGGUGACUGCUCCGCUUGAGUGCUUUCGACGGUUCGUCUGGAACUACUUCCGUCUGGAGAAUGAGCACCUAAAUAACUGCGGUCAAUUCCGUGCUGUUCGCGAUAUCUCCUUGCGUCCGCUCAACAAAGGCGACAUCGACGAGCUACAAUCUAUGGUCGACAACGAUGAAGGCGUAGCUCAUCGUGGUCGUGAUUUUCAGCUUCUGUUUUCAAAGAAAGGCAAAGCGAAAACAAAGUCGAAUUUGAGGCAGCGACUCGUUUCGAAAUUGGCUGUCAGAAACGUCAACGGCCUGAUCAAGCGUGAACGCUGA